AUGGAGGAAGAGGAUGUGGAGAUGACGGAGGAUGCCAAGGAACUCCUCACGAAGAUCGGGGUGGAGAGCACCCUGCGGUAUGCCAUUCACCUCAUCACUUGCUCAAACCUUGUUGCAAUGAAGCGCAAGGCGCAAGAAGUGGACGUGCCUGACAUCCGCAAGGUCUACUCCCUCUUUGUGGACGUGAAACGAAGUACGCAGUUCCUGAUGGAGUAUCAGCAAGAGUUCAUGUUCUCCGAAGUGCAUGAGGAGGAGGAUGCUGACAUGCCUCAAGCGAAGGAAGGCUAG